GGCGACCCCAUGUCAUUUAUAAACCCCAACGACACCACCUCCACCGCCAUUAACUGAAACAAAUCUUAACUUAAAAGAUCCAAUCUUCAUCCAUUUUCUUGUUCUUGUCAGAGCAAACAACUAAAGAUGGGUAACAGUUUAGGGGGCAAGAAAACGACCAAAGUCAUGAAAAUAGACGGCGAGACAUUUAAACUGAAAACCCCAGUGACGGCGGAGGAAGUCUUAAAAGACUUUCCCGGCCACGUUUUGUUAGAGUCCGAAUCUGUCAAGCACUACGGUGCUCGAGCCAAACCACUUGAGAUGAAGCAGAGGUUGGAGGCGAAGCGGCUGUACUUCGUGGUGGAGCCGGUGAAGGAGUGUCCACCGAGAAGGGUAAGAUCGGGAAUUCACAUGAGUGCCAAGGAGAGGCUUGAGAACCUCAUGCUUGCGCGUAGAUCAUCUUCCGAUCUCUCCAUACUCAAACCGGCGGGAGAAUGGUCUACGACGGAGGAGAAAGAAGGAGGAGCGGUGAGAGUGAAGCUGAGGAUUACCAAGGCGGAGCUGGAAAGACUCGUUAAGGAAGGAGCCACCGAGGCGGAGGCCACGCAGAAGAUCGCCGCUCUCUAUAUGGCCAAACAGAGCCACAACGAAGAGACGCAGAACACACUGCAACGUCGUGGUGAUGGAGGAGACCAGCCUACCGCCGUCAUAGCUACAGCUACAGCCGCCGCCACGAGAGGAGCCAAGUCUCGUCUGGUGAGUAAUAUUGUUUCUUCUUUUUGUGCAUAGUAAAAGAAAAUAGUCAAAAAUAUACUAAUUAAGUCGUCACUUUUAGAAUAUGGCACACUUUUGAAUAAUAAUUAAAUGUGUUGAAAAUAAUUCAAAUUUUCUCGGACUAGAUUGCUUACAGUUUUGAAUAAUAAUAAUGUGUUGAAAAUGAUUCACUUUUUAUCGGAGUAGAUUGAGAUAACUUUGCUAGAGUCAAACUUUGCAUGCUGCUUUUACACUUAGAUAUGUUAAUAUACACUUAACACUCAAGAACUUGAUUUUUAAAAUAUGAUUCUUUUUUUUGGUA